GGGAUGACAGAAUUCGAGUAGAAAGGAUGGAUGACAUGUAUUUUGAAUACAGCCAUGCUUUCCAGGCAGUUAUGGAGUUUUAUGCAAAAGAUGAACUUGACAUCCGAGCUUCUCAAAGUUUUUCUGGCAUCAUUAACUUGGAGAAGGCUGUGAUUUGCUCUUUGGCUGCCAUAAGAAGAUACCUCAAAGAAUUUAACUUGGAAAAGGUGCUUUCCAAGCCCAAAGCCAAAGAGAAAGAUGGAGAGCCAAAGUAAAAGGUGCUCAUAUGGUAUAAGUUUCUAUCACCCAACAUUUACCCAGCACCAAGCAGGGAGUCAGUAAA